AUGACUAAAAAAUUAACAGAUUUUGAAAAAAAGCAUAGGAGACCGACUGUAAAGGCUUGUCAAAUGUGUCAUGACAAACACAUACAAUGUGAUAAAGGAAGGCCGUGUAAAAACUGCAUAAAAAGAAGAACCGAAUGUCACUGCAAAGAUAUUGAAAGAAAAUCUACAUCCUCUAAUCUACGGCACCAAAUAAAUUAUAAAAAUGCUUCUGAAAUGUCACUCAAUUCAACUGUUGAAGUUGCGGUAAACAAUCUUCAAGGACAGUCUUCAACCGCAAUUGUUGAUAUCAACAAAAUUAAGCACCAACCGACGGAUACUAAUAACGCAUUGGAAGCUCUUUUAAAUAGUACCAAUUCAUUUUUGUACAACAGUUAUAGCGAUUGUGAUCGACCUCCCAAACUUCCUAAUGUACCAUAUAUUGAAUCUUCAUCAUCGACAGAAACAGCAUUUCCAAAUUCAGAGUCGAACUUUGAUAGUAGAUGGGCUAAAGACGAAUACAAGUCCCUUAAUAAUCUGAUUACGUUACAAUCGGCUUCUGGUAACUUGAUAUUGAAUUCUGAGAACAAUAGGGAAAAGGAUAUUUUAAAUGAUAAGAAUCUGUUAGAUAAAGAAAGUGAACUUAAAACAGAUAUGGAAACGACGAUAAUCAAUAAGUCAUUCCCAAGACCUCAUAUUUCCUUGAUUAUUGAUGAAAUGCAAGAUAAGAAUGCUGAAUUAACGUUUAACUUUAAACAUAAACUUUUGACUGAGAAGAACUGUUUAAAAAACACCCGAUAUACCACACCAUACGCAUUUAGAGACUUAGUGAAAACUAGAGAAGAUUUGUACAGGAAACGUGAGUUAGUCAAGCAACACAAUUACAGAUUAUCAUAUGAAUCACUGAUUGAUGUUCUAAAGCAUAUUUUUCUGAACCAUGAAGAAGUGGAGACAGUAGAUUGUUCCGAUGGCAAGCAGGAUACUUAUUCUAUCAGAAGUAAGCAAUUGCAAUUCAUAUUGAGGUCCAUAUUAGAUAAAUUUGCCACACAUUUUAUAGCAUUAUCCUCAUCUCUUAUUGAAGAAGAUAUAAUUAUGCAGGAAUUUAUUUUACAACGAACUUUAUUAAAUUUAGAAAGUUUGACAGUUUUAAAUAAUGCUACUCCGGUUGCCAUUUGGAGGAGAUCUGGUGACAUCUUAUUUGUGAGUAAUGAGUUUUUAUCCUUAACCAACUACGAUAAAAAGGAAAUUUUAGGGAAGAGAAGAUUCAUAAUAGAAUUUAUGGACCCAGAUUCUAUAGUAGAUUAUUACGCUACGUUCCAUGACUCUUUAUCGUUCAGUAAUGACAAUAGGCCAAACACGUCAGUAUACAACAAUAUGGUAUAUAAAAAAACAAAUUUACUUCUUAAGAACGGCUCAUAUUUAAAAUGUGGCUUUUGUUUAACAGUUAUAAAGGAUAGUUUUUCUAUACCGCUGCUGUCAGUUGGUCAUUUUUUACCAAUAUUUGACUCUCAAUAA